AUGCCCGAUCCCAGGGCGCUCUUUUACCAUCGCAAGCAACACGCGCGCGCCCAUGACUACCUGGUCCAGCACAACGCUGCCAUGUCCACCGCCACAAUGACCCUAACGGCGUCCGACGAGGAUGGGAAGAAGAAGCACACCAAGAAGCCCUUGCAGCGCAGAGACUGCAUCGUGCCCGAGCGAGGCUCGUUAUGGGAUACUAUGCGCGACCACCAAGGCACUUCGCUGUUUGUCUUGCCCAUCUGCUGGACCGACCUGCACACGCGACUGCUGGGAUGCCGCUUCGUCCCGCGCCCAACCCCCGCUACUUCGACACAACCUCCAACAUCGUCGCCCAGGAGAUCGCCGCCGCGCGCUUCUUCGACAGUUGUAGGCAUCGGACGGGACCUCGAGACGCUGCUGGCAGACCAGACCCCGCGUAACGUCGUGACCAAGACCCGGGCGCUGCGGAAUAUCGUCUCAACACUGUUCCCCACACACAUGUGCAAGCCCAAGUCCAACGCCGAGUUGAGCAUCAGGUUUGGAAGUCGCGUAUACGCAAAGGCGACACGCGCUCAGGUAAUAUGGAAGCACCCCGAUGCUUCCAUGUCCUUUGACUCUGCAACCACCUGGACCUCGAGCCGAACACCAAGCCAGCUCCUGGAAUCCAUGAACGUAAGAGUCGCGAGCGACGCGCCCGUGCUGGCCUAUGUCAGCCGCAGCAAUCUCAACCACAUCAGACACAACUGCUUCAGGGUAGUCCCAGGUCCCCGAAUGAGCUACAACGGCCCUGUCCAUCGUCUACAGACUCUGCGAUCCAAGAAUCUGAUCCCGAGCAAUCUCGACGAAGAUCCUCACUUUGUCGCCACCAUCAUCGCCCUCGCGCAGCAGAUGGUUUACGCUGAUGGCCUCAAGGGCAAGACCAUUGCCCCCCGAGAUGUGACCGUCCGCCUCUUCACGACAUCGGAAGACGACAAGUCUUUCAUCAUCUAUACUGCAACUGUCCCAGCUGCGUUUCUCAUGAUGUUCCACGAGCCGGAGAAGGCACCAAAGGGUGAUCCCGCACUCAAUAUUGAGUAUACCCACGUCCCAGUUUGGCCGGUUCUGGGUCUCAAGGAACGACUCGGAGAGGUGCUCGGCAAGGAGGUCGUGGGCGACUUUGACCCGCUCAACAUUGAGACUUUCCCGGAUGAGGAAGAGGAAAUCAUGAGCGUGGCCGCCAUCACGUCGCCAAAGCGCCGGCGAGAGGUUCUCUCAGAGGUUCUUAACGUGAGCUUCUCCGAGGACCGGGAGCCAAAUACCUCGGACGGGAUCAACAUCAUGGGCAAGAGAAGAUGUCUUGAAGAAGGUGUGGCGGUAGUGGAAGUGCACUCCAACGCUGGGCAGUGCCCAGAGACGUUGCAACAAAGAGGCUCGGCCAAAUGGCGUCAGUUUGCGACAAGAGCCUCGAUCGAGGACGAUCAGGAAAACCGAGGCAACGAAAACUAA